AUGGCGGCAAGGGCUGUCAAGAAGGACGUGUAUACGGUUGGCGUUUUGACUGGUACGAACACCGAGGAGGAAGCUAUGGAGCUGAGGACCCAACUUGAUUCGUUGCUAUCCAAAGGUGGAUUUUCGUUAAGGAAAUGGGCAUCGAAUUGUCCAAAAGUGUUGGAAGGUAAGGAAAAUCUAGCGAUCGCCAAUACCGAAGAAGUAUCGUUAGACCCCGACCCAUCCGUGAAAACCCUAGGUUUGGUUUGGUUACCAGGAACCGAUCGUAUCGAAUUCCGAUUUAAGAUCGGUUUUCCCAAUUUUGAUGAGGAUCUAUCGAAACGGAAGGUACUCUCGAUAAUAGCCUCAUUAUUCGGUCAACUUGGUUUGAUCGAAGCGGUCAUCUUGCGAGCGAAGCUGUUCAUGCAAUUACUUUGA